AUGAUGAAACUUUGGAAUGUCUCUUCUUCUGACCUGAAAAUUCCACCAAAUACUUCCUUGGGAUUCGGGCCGUGUUUGGGAUAUCAACCCCCGAUGGGGAUGGGGACGGGGAUUCCUAGAAAAUUCAAACCGGGGAUAGGGGCAGGUAUGGGGAGCGGAGACGGGCAUGGUAUUGCUAUACCCGACCUUUAA